UACAUUUCCCAUGAUCCUCGACGGACACGGAAAUACGUCAUCACCCGUGACCUUGUUGUCUCUUCCCAUUCGGUUUUCUAACAGGACAGCAUGGCGAACAAGGAGCCAGGUGGUUUUCUGCAGCAGCUGCGGCAGAUCGCUGGCAGGAUGUCCUCUGGACCCCGGGGAGCAGGAACCGGACUGAAGCUCCUGAUCGGAGCUGGAGCUCUGGCUUACGGCGUAAAGGAAGCUACAUACACAGUGGAAGGAGGACAUCGAGCCAUCAUCUUCAACAGGAUCGGUGGGAUGGAGAUGAACACAGUGCUGGCUGAAGGUCUCCACUUAAGGAUCCCUUGGUUCCAGUACCCCAUCAUCUAUGACAUCAGAGCCCGGCCCAGGAAGAUCUCCUCCCUCACAGGAAGCAAAGACCUGCAGAUGGUGAGCGUGACGCUGCGGGUUCUGUCUCGGCCGCUGGCCUCCAACCUGCCGGUUCUGUACCAGCAUUUGGGUCAGGACUACGAUGAGCGGGUUCUGCCCUCCAUCGUUAACGAGGUUCUGAAGAGCGUGGUGGCCAAGUUCAACGCCUCGCAGCUCAUCACCCAGAGGGCCCAGGUGUCGCUGCUGAUCCGCAGGGAGCUGUUUGAGCGAGCCAAAGACUUCAGCAUCAUCCUGGACGACGUGGCCAUCACCGAGCUGAGCUUCAGCCGCGAGUACACGGCCGCCGUGGAGGCCAAGCAAGUCGCCCAGCAGGAGGCGCAGCGGGCCCAGUUCUACGUGGAGAAGGCCAAGCAGGAGCAGAAGCAGAAGAUCAUCCAGGCUGAGGGCGAGGCGCAGGCCGCCAAGAUGCUGGGCCUGGCCGUGACGAAGAACCCCGGCUACCUGAAGCUCCGGAAGAUCCGGGCAGCCCAGAACAUCGCCAAGACGGUGGCGCAGUCCCAGAACCGAGUGUACCUGAACGCAGACAGCCUGGUGCUCAACCUGCAGGACAGAGACAGCUUCAGGCUGUCGCUGUCCACGAAGUAAGACGUCUCCUCUUCAUCAUCUUCCUCUUCCUCGGCGCCCGUUUCCCAUCAUCCCCCUCUCCGUCCAGCCGUCCCGAUCAGAACCCAAACCGGGCCUCAGAAUUCUGGUUCCGCUCAGAUAAACCCGACCCGGAAUGAUGCGAGUUCCCUUCAGAGACAGAGGGAUGUCAGUCGGACUUCUUCACAGAACCGGACCGGAUCAGGAGGCCGGUUCUGAUCCGGUUCCAGCAGCAGGACAGACUCCACCUGGACUGACGAUCUGUCCUCCUAAGGCCGGUUCUGCCAGGACCCGGGUCCAAACCCGGUACAGAUGGGCUGCACUGAAGCUGAAGGCCUGGUUUACUCUGACCCAUGGAAGAGGUUCUGAACCCGACCCGGAUGUUCUACAGAACCAGCCUGAAAGCAGCGCCGGGUUCUGGGCCGGUUCUGACAUUAAGCUCGGCCCGGUUCUGUUGUUCUGGAAUUGGAUCAGUUCUAAUCGCUCAAAUACUGAUAAAUGCUCUACAGACCAGGUCAGUUUGGUUCUGGUUCUGGUCGGGUCCAGAUUUGUCCUUAACUCAAGAUUAUAGAAAUGAAAUGAAAUCAUCAGUUAAAUCAGAACCAGGUUCCUCCAUGUUAGGUUUGGACCGGGUUCUGGUCGGUACCAGACGGAUCGGACCGGGACGGUGGUUCUGUUGAUUUAACUGGUUCUAAAUAUAAUGUCUCAUAUUUCCGACCUCACACAGGAUUUCCAUAUUUGGUCGUGUGUCACGUUUAGCCGCUGACAUCACUUUGAUUCACCGGCUGGUUUGUAGUUCUGGCUGAAGGAUCAAACUACAAACCCCAGAAUGCAGUGGGGCAGCAGCUCCUGUCCUGUCAUUGAUCAUGGCGUCUGGCUGGAGGAGAACGGUUCCUAUGAAGAUCAACUGGAGCUGGUAGAAACCAGAGUUCUCUUCCUGGUUUGGAUUCAAAAUAAAAUCCAGUUUUUUAUACCAGA